GGCGACCCCCCCUCCCCCCUGCCUAACUCUCUGGGGGUCGUGGCUGGAUGGGGAAUCUCCAACCUGACCCUGAGCGCCCCCCCCUCCGACCCCUCCGACCCCUCCGACCCCUCCGACCCCUCCGACCCCCCCGCCCUGACCUCGGACCUCCUGCAGUACGUCAAGCUGCCGGUGCUGCCCCAGGCCGAGUGCCGGGCCAGCUACGCCUCGCGCUCCGGAUCCUACAACAUCACGGACAACAUGUUCUGCGCCGGCUUCUUCGAGGGGGGGCGGGACACGUGUCUGGGAGACAGCGGGGGGGCCUUCGUGGUGCAGGACGGGGACACCCGCGGGUGGGCGGUGCUGGGCCUGGUGUCCUGGGCCGGGCCCGAGGACUGUGGCACCCAGAGGGUUUAUGGGGUCUACACCCGGGUCGGGAAGUAUGUGGAGUGGAUAGACAGGCUCCUGCAGGUAGACAGGUAGAGAGACAGACAGGUAGAGAGACAGACAGGUAGAGAGACAGACUGGUAGAGAGACAGACUGGUAGAGAGACAGGCAGGUAGAGAGACAGACUGGUAGAGAGACAGGCAGGUAGAGACAGCCUGGAGACGACAGGCAGGGAGCGAGCAGAUGGUAGAGAGACAGGACUGGUAGAGAGACAGGCAGGUAGAGAGACAGGCAGGUAGAGAG